CUAAGUUGGAUGGAAAAAACACACGGAUCAGAGCGCUCAGACGGUUUAGCCACCGAGACCACUGGUUGGACUUUUAACCUCACUGCCCAACUCUAAUAAUCCUUGAAUUUCUUCCAACCAAUGACUAGGAUUACCAGACCAAUGUGAAUUUGAAGAUAAAACCCAUCAACUGCAGGGGCCAAUAAAUGAUCGGUUCAGAUAUUGUGCAUGUGCGCCACGUGUACAGGGAUUAGGUGCUUGAUGACUAAUUUCAGUGCUAUUGCUUACCACCAGAUCCUUUGUUUAAUUAAAUAAUGAAGUUCCUAGCAGCAUUAGAAAAAUAUGAUCAUCGCUCUCAUGUGGUAAUUCUUUAGAAAGAAAGAAACAUCAAGCUACAAGAACUCCUAAAAAAUCACCCAAAAGAAAAAAAAAAGCAAAAGGAAAAAUCUAAACUAGUUGCACUGAAUCAUCAUCAAUCAGAUCCAGCAGUGCAACAAUAGCUUUUGGUGCAAGCAGCUUAAAAAGGGUGUUGGAGAUCUCUUUUUUCUCAUUUGCUUGAAGGUUUUGAGGCCUAUAUUCAUUAGUAAAAUUGGGAAGCUUUUGGUGCAUGAAGCUUAAAAAGGUGUUGGAGAUCUCUUUUUUCUCACUUGGUGGAAGGUUUUGAAGCGAAUAUUCAUUAGGACAGAUGGGUAGCAACUACUUUGGUGAGCCAAGCUUGGGAAAUGGAAGAUCUGGGUCUUCUAGAAAGGGAAAGAAGAGCAACCAAGACAAACCAAAGCAACCUCAGAGAGGCCUUGGAGUGGCCCAGUUAGAAAAGAUCAGAUUAAGAAACCAAAUGGGCUGUUGCUAUUUGCCUUCUCGCCAUAGUACCUCCCAGACAAAUGUCAAUCAGGAGGAGGAUGUGAGAGUGGAGAUGGCGUAUGCAUCAUCAGCAUCAUCAACUUCGUAUUCUUCACCAUCUUCAUUUGGGUUUCAUCCCAACAUCAUGAUGGGCUUGGGAGACAGAGAAACAACAGACAUCAGAUAUGGUGACUCUCAAUCUAGUGGUAGCACAGCUAGAUGGAACCCCAACAACAGUUUCAUACAGGCCCAACAUGCGGCACAAUCGACCAUCACACGGCACUUCCUAAGACUGCCCACGGAGGACUCGAUGCAGAAGAAGAGAAGGCAUGACCGGUGCGAUUCAAUGGGCUCAAGCAGCCAGAACUCUGAUUCAAGUGACACCCAAGAGCUAGAUUUGGAUCUGAAGCUAUCACUUUAAGAAAGAAAAUGAACAGUCUGAUGGUUGGAUUAGCAUUCUUAUCUACAGCUCCAGUCCGGAAGCUGCUUUUUAUAUACUCACAAGCGGGGUAGGUUGAUAAAACUGUGUUGAUUUUCAUGUAGAAGGGUUCUAUGUAAUGGGAGCAAUGCAACCAUCAUCGGGUAGGGGGCAUAUCUCAUGAUCUUCCUCAGAAACUAGUUUGAAUUUCUGCAUCACACAUGAGAAAUCCUUCUGAUUUCAUUUCAAGAACUGUAGAAGAUAAGAAAUCUUGUUCUUUCUACUGCUUGUUAACAUUCAAACCAUUCUAAAGCUUUCAAUGAACAA